AGUCAGUAGAACUGUGUGUGAGAGAGAGAUGGUAAAGGUUCAAGCUUCUUGUGAGGGUGAGGGAAUCUGCAAAAGAGGGGCUAAAGUUGGCCAUCCGAUCGACCGAAAUCUUGUGGGAGGGAUGACUAUGUCGACCGUCCCUACCACUGUGCCUUCUACCCCAGCAGCUGCCAUGAAAAACCUACUUAUAAGGGGGUUGGCAGCAGCAGCAGCUGGGAAAGGCCGCAGCAGCAGCGCAGAAGAAGCAAGGUGUCUUUGUGCAAAGCCGCCGGCGCCGGAGAAGACCCGCAAGCUGCAGAGGCCGUGUCGGCAGUCGCCGACAUCGUCGCUCAUGGCGCCGGUGGGGCUCCCACCGGGAUUCCGGUUCCACCCGACCGACGAGGAGCUGGUGAACUACUACCUCAAGAGGAAGAUCCACGGGCUCAAGAUCGAGCUCGACAUCAUCCCGGAAGUAGACCUCUACAAGUGCGAGCCAUGGGAGCUCGCAGAAAAGUCGUUCUUACCGAGCAGGGACCCGGAGUGGUAUUUCUUCGGGCCACGGGACAGGAAGUACCCGAACGGGUUCAGGACGAACCGGGCGACGAGGGCCGGGUACUGGAAGUCGACGGGGAAGGACCGGCGGGUGGUGCACCAGCACGGCGGCCGCUCCAUCGGCAUGAAGAAGACGCUCGUCUACUACCGCGGCCGCGCGCCGCAGGGCGUCCGCACCGACUGGGUCAUGCACGAGUACCGCCUCGACGACAAGGACUGCGAGGACACCAUGCCCAUCCAGGACACUUACGCGCUAUGCCGAGUCUUCAAGAAGAACGCGAUCUGCAGCGAGGUGGAGGAGCUGCAGGGCCAAUGCAGCAUGGCGUUGCUGGAGGGUGCCUGCCAGCAGCUGCUCGCCAGCGGCGGCCAGGAGCAGUACGAGACACCGUCGCCGGACGUGCCUGUCGGUUCGACCUCCGGCGCCGACGCCGAGGACGAUCCCGACAAGGACGACUCUUGGAUGCAGUUCAUCUCCGACGAUGCCUGGUGCUCCAGCACCGCCGACGGUGCCGAGGAGAGCACCUCCUGCGUCGCCCUCGCUGGCUGAUGAGAAGCCAGGGCAGCU